CGGUCGUGCGUGUGUUUUUGGUCCGCUACAUUUCCUGGCAUUGCUGAGGAGCCGAAGAGUCUUCGCUGUCACACAGACUGUCCCUGCCCGUGUCUCUCCACGCGCCGCUUCGCAGCCGCCACAAUGGCCUUUCCCGGGUUCGGAGGCUUGGUUAACUUCACUCAGCAGAUGCAAACUUUAGGGCAGACAAUGGCAGCUGCCAAUGCCGGAUACUAUGGACACCCCUCUUAUCCAGGCGGUGAUCCCAUGUGGGGUUACUUCUCAUCGGUGGCUGGGCAGGAUGGGGAAAUAGAUGCUGAAGAACUACAGAGAUGCUUAACGGUGUCUGGAAUCCAUGGGACCUUUACUCCUUUCAGCUUGGAAACAUGUAGAAUUAUGAUAGCCAUGUUGGAUACCGACUAUACUGGCAAAAUGGGAUUCAAUGAGUUCAAGGAACUGUGGGGUGCGCUGAACGCCUGGAAACAAAAUUUCUGUAUGUUUGACCGGGACUUGAGUGGAACGGUGGAACCGCACGAGUUUAACCAAGCCUUUACAGCAAUGGGUUACAGGGUGAGCCCCCAGACUCUCUGUUCUCUGGUAAAGCGUUACAGUAAGAACGGCAAAGUGUAUUUUGAUGACUAUGUCGCGUGUUGUGUGAAGCUCCGGACGAUGACAGAGGCCUUCAGGCGAAGAGACGCCAUGCAACAAGGGUUUGCCAACUUUGGGUAUGAUGAGUUCUUGCAGUGUACCAUGACAAUUUAAACUGAAAAACGGCAUCUACAACAAUCUAACGUGUCAAGUCUUCUCCCCGGAAGGAACAUUACCCUGCUGUGAAUCA